AAGCCAGUCUGUUCUUUUCAAGACGAGUCAUUCCUUUUUUCAAAGGCAUUAAUAUAAGGCUUUGCGCAUUUCCUACAAUUGUAGCAAUCACAGCUUCAUCGUAUUCUUGAAUUUAUUCGUUGAACUCAAGAUAAUACUCCUAUUCCAUCAACCCCCGUCUACCACAACACACCAAACCUCGCCACCAUCCCCAUCUCCUCACCAUGGCACGAACACCCAUAGACAAAGCUCUAAACUCCAGAAACACCUUCGCCGCCUUUGCCGGAAUCGUCACAGCAGCAGCCGUGUGGUCCAUAUGGGGCAGUGACAUGUUCCCAGCCCAGCCUGAUCCCACCGGAAACCCCGAUGACUGGACAGAACAAGAAAUCCGGCAGUGGCUGAAAAAUCGAAACCUCCAGCCCUCCAUAACCGCCACCCGCGCCGAGCUCCUCGAGCGCGUAAAGGCCAAUCUCCGUGUGCCACGCGCAUAGUUCGGACAAGGAGAAGAAGAUAUCACGGCGCCAUUCCCGUUGUAACAAGCCUACUUAGCAAUAUAAUACCCACCUUCGAUCGAG